GAAGUUGUCGGUAGCUGUAUCGGGGCGCGUGCAGACUGUAGUUGUCAGACCUGAACCCGAAGUUCCACCUGUUGAGCAGAAUGGCCAGUGUGGAGCAGGUGGACACAAUAGGACAGGUUCUGGUGAACCCAGGACUGAACCUGACCCGGCGGUUCAGAGCCUUAUUUACCCUGCGGAGCCUGGGAGGUUCUGAAGCUAUAAGUUGGAUCAGUAAGGCGUUCACUGACGAGUCUGCCCUGCUGAAGCAUGAGCUGGCCUACUGUCUGGGUCAGAUGCAGGACAAACAGGCCAUCCCCACUCUGACUGCUGUUCUCAAAGACACACAGCAGGAGCCCAUGGUUCGGCAUGAAGCAGGGGAGGCUCUGGGAGCGAUAGGUGAUCCUGUGGUUCUGGAUCUACUGAAAGAGUACAGCCAGGACCCGGUCAUUGAGGUUGCAGAGACGUGUCAGUUGGCUGUUCGUCGCUUGGAGUGGCUGCAGAAUGGAGGAGAGAAACAGUUGGAAGAAGAGAAGAGCAUGGAUAAGAAUCCAUACCUCUCUGUAGACCCUGCUCCUCCUGCAGCGAGCAAGAGUGUCUCAGAGCUGCGCUCCGUACUCCUCGACGACACUCUGCCACUGUUUGAGCGCUACCGCGCCAUGUUUGCCCUGCGUAACCUGGGCAGUGAGGACGCCGUCCUGGCACUGGGAGAUGGCCUGCAGUGCUCGAGUGCUCUGUUCCGUCACGAGAUCGGCUACGUCCUGGGUCAGAUGCAACACCCGGCAGCCGUCCCGUCCCUGAGCGCAGCCCUAGAGCGUCCCGGAGAGAACCCCAUGGUCCGGCACGAGGCGGCAGAGGCCCUGGGCUCCAUCGGCAAAGACGACUGUCUGACCGUGCUGCAGCGUUACCGUGGAGAUGAAGAACGUGUCGUCAAGGAGAGCUGCGAGGUGGCUCUGGACAUGCUGGAGUACGAGAACAGUGAACAGUUCCAGUACGCAGACGAGCUGGUCAGGCUACAGGGUUAACGCUGGGGGACUUUGACUCUGAUCCCUCGGACAAUUUAGCGCUUUGUUUUUGAAAUUGCUGAAGCUUUACAGUAUGAAAUAUGUGGGGAAAAGGAAAAGCUACAAUUAUAACAAGAGUGAGCUCAUAGCGGUUUGGGAUGAGGGUGUUUCUGUCACAGGACUUUGUUUUCUUUCAUCUCAAAGAUUCUGCUGCAUUCAGAUGAGGAAAAGUCAUCCUAAUUUUGUUUAUUUUAUUUUUUUUGUCCAACAUGUAAUUUCCCCAACAAAUCCAUUUGACGAUAAUAUCUUUACACUGUUUUUAUGUUGUGUAAUAGCUCAUUGUUAAUUUAACACCACUGUUUUCUGUGCCUCCACGCAUUUAUUUUCUUUUAAACUUUUAUGCCAAAUUUACUUUUUUUUUUCUCUGGAGUUGUAUGUGACUGGAUCUAAUACAGUAUACUAUAUAGACCAGUUGGAGGGAAUGAUUCAAAUUCUUUGAAAUGUAAUGUUUGUAAUGUUGUAAAGAUUGGAGAGGAGAAAAGCAUCAAAGAAGCACAGCAGAAAAAGCCUAAACAUGACUCUGGAUCAGGAUACGAGAGCUAUGAAGAAAAUGUCACUCACCUAGGUUUAAAGACCAGAAACACCCGAUAAGUUCCUGCACCGAGGAUGUUUUACACAACUGGGACCUGGAGGUUAUGUUUGCUUACAUAACCAAACAAAAACAUGAUAUAAAUAUUGUUAUUCUAUGUACAGACCACCGUAUUGAUAUAAACACUUGAUAAAUAAAUAGAAUCUUUAUUAA